AUGUCCUUUCGCGACUCUCCAGAGCCGAGAAGAGUGGAUCUAGCCGGUAUGUUCGGUUGCCUAGCGGACGCUGGUGAUGCUGGAGUGAUGGCAUUGGAAUCGGAGUUGACCACUUGCAUGAAAGAGGCGGAUGAAUGUCUAGAGGACAUACUUGCUGAAAUACCAUCAUGGCUGGAGAGUAGAGGAGUCCCCAUCCCUAGCAAGCCAUCGGUUAUGACAGCACCCCUCCUACACCAUCAUAAGGGUCGAUCGGCAACCACUCAGUAUUCAACAUCGGGGACCAGUCGUCGGUACUAUUUACUACACUCCUCUGUGAAACGGCAGAUGCAGAGAGGUUACUUUCCUGAUGCGACUCCAGGAGGGGUAGACGACCCUCCAACGCCUGUAUGGGCUAAGGGGAGGAAGAGUAUAGCCGAGAUGAUGGAGACUAAUGAUGACAAUGUGUCACCUAUUGCCGGCCAGAAGGGUGGAGGGAUGGACCUAGACCACAUCCCCGCAUGGUCUUUGGAGUGGAAGUCGAUGGUAUUGGCCCAAUCCAAUACCGACCCGGACAGCAUCUUUGGUGACAGGAUACCAGGGUGUGAUAUUGGACAGAUAUUCGGCGACAUUGUAGCUUCGGGACAGCUGGACCCGCCCAACACACAAUCCUUCAAGGAUUACAUCCGAAUUAAUGACAAGACAGGACGACGAGGCAGCACCGGCAAUUGGAGAUUUGACGAGUUGCUUGAUGAAGAGAUAUAUACUUACAAGCAGAAGAUGAAACAAAACAUCAAGGCUGGUAGCACGUAA